CUGGCUAGAAGUGGCACGUGGUACUUCGGACACCAUAGUUUCCGCUGCUGCUUCACAAUGCAUCCGAAAGUUGCUCCAAAAUGGAAAUAGUAUGUUACUAGAGCCCAUCAUGCAAUUGGAGAUUGUUGCACCGGAGGAAUAUUCCCCAAGUAUUAAUGCUGAUCUCGCUCGUAGAAGAGCGGAAAUACAACAAAUCGACAUGCGAGGCAAUAAUAAGGUGAUCAGAACUCUUGCGCCAUUAUCAGAAUUAUUGGGAUAUUCAACGGCAUUGAGAAUUAUCACGUCGGGUAGCGCUACGUUUUCAUUGGAAUUUAGCCAUUAUCAGUUAAUGACUGCCGCUGUCGAAGACAAAGCAAUUUAUAAACUUAAAGGAUUUUAAAAUAUAUAAUUGCAAGUAAUAAUGUAAGAAAAUAUUACAUAUAGUUAAAAUUGCUGUAUAUAAUAAUAAUAUUAUAUACACAGUAC